AUGAUUUCUUCAAAGCCCAGACUUGUCGUACCUUAUGGCCUCAAGACUCUGCUCGAGGGACUUAGCAGAGCCGUUCUCAAAACCAACCCACCAAACAUCACCCAGUUUGCAGCAGUUUAUUUUAAAGAACUCAUUGUGUUUAGAGAAGGGAAUACUUCUCUGGAUAUAAAAGAUCUCGUUAAACAAUUUCAUCUGAUUGAAGUAGAGAGAUGGUCAGAAGGAACGACACGAGAGAAGAAACCAGAAUGUGUAAAAGAACCGGUAGGAACAUCCAUAGUUUCCCACGAACCUACACGGAUGGAAAAAUCUACAGACACAGAGGAGGACAAUAUAGCUGGACCACUGGUCAUCAGCAAAACCACUCAGUUCCCAUCAGUUCAUGCUGAGCUGCUCCCAGAGCCCGACGAGACGUCCGAAGCCGCUCGAGGCUCCAGUUCAAAGCCAACUACCUCUAAGGCUAUGAGCCCACCGUCGUCACCGUCUCCGGCAGCUGGCUCCCUGGAGUUUGCUUAUGUCCCAGCCGACCCAGCUCAGUUUGCUGCUCAGACGUUAGGUAACGUUGCAUCUAUUCAUUCUGAUCAGUCUGACGUGUUAAUGGUGGAUGUGGCAACAAGUUUGCCUGUGUUUUCCAAGGAGGUACUCAGCUCAGAGGCUGCCGAAGAUGCCGCGGCGGCCACUCCUGCUGUGUAUUCUGCAGAGGUGGUGGCCCUGCAGGUUCUGAGCCAAACAUCUGUCCGUGUAGAUUUGGGUUCUGAAUCUAAAGAUGAUCACGCUGAGCCAUCAACGGCUUCCUCAUUCCCCUUGCAGGAUGAACAAGACCCUCCUGCUUACGAUCAAGCUCCUGAGGUCCCUUUGCAGGCUGAUAUUGAGGUCACAUCAUUCGUUCAUAUAUCCUCUAUCUGUAACGAUGAGCCUGUGACUGAAGGAGUCACUUACGUCGAGCAAAUACCAGAGCACAUAGUUAUCCCUUUCACUGAUGACAUUGCUACUCUUAAAGAAAAUGAUCAGUCAUCACCCUCUGGUCCCAUUCCUGUAGCACUCAUGAGGGGCUCAGGCAAAGCCGUAGGUUCUGGAAAACGUGCACGGUCGGAGGAGGACGCAGAAUAUUCCUCGGUGCAAAUGGAGGCAGAAGCAGUUCUGUACUCCAACACCUCCCUGCAAGGUCCGCCUGCACAACUCCAGGAUGCAGAGGGCUCUACCAAUGCAGUAGGCUCUGAAAAAUCUUUGCACCUUGAAAUGGAGUUUACUGCUCUAGUCCCUGGCAAUCCUGGGCAGGAGGAAUCCGGGGAAAACUCUGCCACCCAGGAGAUGGAGGCCACACUUGCGCUCUCUGGGGAAGCUGCCAAAGCAGGGAGCUUGGGUGCACCUGUAAGGUCAUCUGGUGGUCCCCCCAUUCCUGUUCCAGAAGGUCUUACUGAGCCAGAAAUCGAACCAGAGUGGGAAGCAGCACCCGAACAAGGUUUGAUGGAGCCAGAGUUUGCUCCACCUGGCACUUUUGGACACGGCACAGAUAGUGAAGAACCCUAA